GGAAGGCAAUUUUUCGGCCGUUCGCCCACUAAAACUCAAAAGUGCAUCACGUCUCAAAAAAGUGCACGCUGAUUUAAUUGUAAACGCAACAUUCAAUGCUCAAGACAUUAUGGGAGCCAAGCCAAAAAAGUUCUCCAACUCUGCCACAAAAUGGGACAAGCAUGCUUGGUUGGCAACAUCUCAGCACAAAGAUACAAGUCUGGCAACCUUUGUGUCUCCAAUAUGUGAUAUAAAAAUAGCUGCUUGUAAAGCUGGGCUGCAUAGUAUUUCUUGGGAGAUGGGAGACCCCUGUGAUGAGUUAAAGGCGAGGGAAGUCUGGGGAGACGUGACCAGCCACAGCGGACCGAACUGCCAGCACAUCGAGGAGGCCGCACAGUGGCUGAGGUCGUUCUUCAGGAACCCCCACCAACGGACGCCGGCGCCGAAGCUUUGCUAUGGUCAAGUUAAAGCGGUGUCGUGUAUCCCAAUAUGGGAAAAAUUAAAGGAUGAAGUUGGUCUCGGUGAAACCAUCUCCUAUGGUCAACUGGCCGCGCUGUGUGGAAAUCCAAAAGCCAGCCGGCACGUCGGCUACGCGAUGGGCCACAACAGCUUCGGACUGGUGGUGCCGUGCCACCGCGUGGUGACGGCCGGAGGGGCGCUGGGCAACUACUGCCGCGGCCGCAAGAACCCGCUCAAGGUGUGGCUGCACGAGCACGAGCGGGCGCCGCCGUCAGCCGAGCCGGCCAAACGGUGAACGCCGGCGAGCGGGAUACUGGUCUCGGUCAGAGGCAAAUCGUCACCCAUCAGACACGCCGAUUGGACCCGAAGGCACACAAUGUGUUGGUCCGCUAACGUGAAGCGAUGUGUGCUGUGGAACGUGUAUUAUUGUGAUAUUCACGUGUAUUGUGUGCGCUGUGACCAGAUGUGCCAUUGCUGCUGCUCUUGUAAAGGCUAAGAUACAACGUGUUUCACUUUUGAAAGAAGGCUUUUGUUUAAUACAUAAUUUUAUGAAA